UUGAGGGAGCAUCAGUCCUAUAAAAUUCAAAAUGGCGGAGACAGGCGAAGAAGUAGCUCCAAAUACAGUAGAAGAACCCUUGGAUUUGAUCCGUCUUAGCUUGGAUGAGCGAAUAUAUGUGAAAAUGAGGAACGACAGAGAACUAAGGGGGAGGCUUCACGCAUACGAUCAGCAUCUCAACAUGAUUCUAAGCGACGUAGAGGAAACCAUCACCACGGUGGAGAUUGACGAGGAGACCUUUGAGGAGCUUUUUCGCACAAAUAAAAGAACUGUGCCUAUGAUGUUCAUAAGAGGGGAUGGCGUGAUUCUAGUGUCUCCACCUUUAAGAGUCGGGAUUUAGCACAACAAAUAGGAAGACUUGUUUACAAGUAUUCCCUAUGCUAAGAAGCGUCUGGCUCUAACAACAGGAGCUGUUUCUGUGUCAAAUGUAUCUCACAUUUACAAUUCUGUAACUUGUAAAAACAAAACACUGAUUUGCUGGUUGGCUUGUAAGGGUUUCUAGCAAUCAUUAGUUCAAAUAUAAAAGAGCAUUUAAUUGUAAUGUCUUUAUUAUGGAAUAUAUUUACAAAAAUACA